AUGAACUGGUCCAUGUUUGAACAAAUGCUAAAGAAAGCGUAUGCAGCAUGCGACAAACAUGAGGGAAGAGAAGCCCAUUCAGACGCAAUGAAACUGCGUAGCCUACAAAGCAAGGUUACAGCACCAUUUCUACAACUGAACAAGACGGCAAUUGAUACGGAAAUUGGCAAAAGACCGAUGUUGAUGACUUUCACGACGGCAUUACGAAUCUACCGAACUGCAGUGAGAGAAAAGUUUCCCCAGGGAACCAGCAAUGCAACCGAUAGGGGACGAUACUUGGGCGAAACUAGGGCUGACAACGAUCGCGACAGAAGCAGAAGCCGAAACGAUGGAGGAGGCAACAAACGUCGCGACGAAGAAGAAAUUACUCUGAGUAAUGGAGAGAAGAUCUGGUACCAUCCUAGCUACCGUUUCUCUCGGACACACCUACAAGCGUUUACCAACAAACAACGUGAACGCAUGGCGAAGGAAAGAGCCGCAUACAGAGAAAGUCAAGGAUUGCCAGCAAGAAGAGCAACAAGACAAGCCGCACAAACGCAACAAGUGGAAACGCAGCUGGCGGAAUUGCGAGCUGAAGUAGCAUCGAUUAGAUCCAACAACGUACCUGCUACAGUUCCAGCCAAAGCAGCCACGCAGAUAUCACAAGUGACUAUGGGAACGACUGGAACUACAGCAAUGGGCGGACGCAACCAACAGGCAAACAACCAACAGGCAAGCGGUAGGACCUGA